AUGAAAUCAGAAAGUUUAAAUCUUUCCAAGGAGGUAUUGGAAGAAAGAGAGAAGCUCGAAUUAAAUUUAAAUACCCUGCUUCCAGCUAUUGACAUUGGUCUGAAUAAGCUUGAAGAAAUUCGUCAGCAUGAAGUUUUUGUGAGAAAACAUGAAGCUGAUAUAGAAGCUGGGAAGGAUUUUAAAACGACAGCAACAAGAAUCCGUGACAGAAAGGAAAUACUUCCUCCCGGAGAGCAUUACACAGAAACAUACACUGUUACUUCUAAAGAACUUAAAGAACUUUACAUGAAAGGUAAGAAACAAAAGAAAAAGACACUUACCUUCCUUUCGUGUAUUAAAGACGAAUUCAGACUGAUCGAAUCAAAUGUCGCUUCAAAAAUAACAACAAUAAGAAAAAGUCUUAACAGGCUAAAUGAGAUAGCACUGAAACCUGACCCAAUUACUGACGUCCAAUACAUUGAUCUACUGAUUGAAUCAGAAAAAAAACAGGUUAAAGAAGGCUUCCAUGGAAGGAUCCAUGCUCUUGAAAAACUUAAGAAACAUGCUGAGAUAACAAAGGAAGUGGUAGCAAGUCAUUUUAAACCUUUUGAUCGGAAACAGAAGGAAAAGAAUGUGACCAAUGAAAAUAAUGGUGAUGAUUCAAGUGUGGACACAAAGGAAAAUAAAUCAUCUGCAUAUCUUACGACAUCUGACGCUUUGAAUUUAGAAGAGAACGAACCAGAGAAUGGGAUAAGUGAAGAGGACGAUUCUAAUUUAAGUGAAAACACAGAGGACAACAGAGAAGCUACAGAUCAUGCUAUUCCUUCAUCUAUUUUUGAGACGGAAGACUCAGAGAAUGAGAUAAGUGAAAAUGACGAUUCCGAUUUAAGUGAAAACACGGAGGACUACAUUGAAGCUACAGACCGUGUCACUCUUUCAAC